UAAGGAGGAGAGAAAUAUGAGUUAUUGUGACAAAAGCAAAACAUGAAACACUCAAGUGGAGCAGGCAGAAAAGAAAAGGCCUGGGUUGGGGCUGGGGACGAUUCGUAAAUGGAGAAGCUUAAAUGUUUGGUUCCAGAAAGCCUGAAGCGGAGGGUGGCGGAGAGCAGUACUGAUGAUCUUCCUUCACUAUCAUCUUCUCUGCUUCACUUGUUUAUCAGUUUGCCGCAAUUUCAUCAUUUGAUAGCAGAGUUGACAGCAGACCCCAAGACCCAGGCCGGUCUUUGUGGUAAGAACAAGGAGGCUGCUUUGGACUUGAAGCAAAAGGGAAAUCAAUGCUAUUCCUCUGGAGAUCACUCCCAGGCUUUGCGUUGCUAUUCUCAGGCGCUUCGUCUUGCUCCCAUUGACGCCCAAGACAUUGGCAAAAAUCUUGUUGCAACAUUGUAUUUAAAUCGAGCUUCUUUAUUUCACAAAAUGGGCCUGUCAAUGGAGUCUCUUCGAGAUUGCAGCAGGGCUCUAGAAAUUUCUCCUUCCUAUCCAAAGGCGUGGUAUAGGAGAGGUAAGGUGAAUGCUACUUUGGGGAAUUAUGAAGAUGCGGUCCGUGACUUAACUGUUGCUAAGAAUAUGGAGCCAUCACUAGGGGGAAAGAAACAGAUAGAAAAUGAACUGGAUAUUGAACUGGAUAUACUUGCACGGCAUCAUGAGAAUAAAAGUGCUAAAUCAGUUCACAAAAGCCAGAAAAGUGUAGGAAUCCCAGAUGUGCCACAACAAAUAAAACUACACUGUGUCAAAACACCAGACAAAGGAAGGGGUAUGGCUUCAAAAUUUGACAUUCCUCAAGCUUCCUUGAUUCAUAUUGAAGAACCUUAUGCUGUGGUCAUUCUGAAGCACUGCAGGGAAACUCAUUGCCAUUAUUGCUUGAAUGAACUACCGGCAGAUACAAUCCCCUGUAUUUCGUGUUCGUUGCCAUUGUACUGUUCCCAGCAUUGCCAAGUGCGAGCAGGUGGACAAAUACAUGUCAAUUAUUCAAGUAAAAUUAACAUACAUGAAAAGAAGUCCAACUGUAUGGAAGAGAAUAUUCCAGAUAUAACUGUAGGGAGUAAUUCCUAUCCCAAACUUGAUUGCAUUCCAGAACAUAAACAUGAAUGUCAAGGUGUUCACUGGCCUGCAAUAUUGCCUUCGGAUGUAGUUCUGGCUGGUCGAGUAGUAGUGAAAUCUUUAGAGCAGAAAGGACAAUUUACUGAGAUUCCUAAUCUUUUGGAAACUUUGGGGCUUUGUGAGAGUUAUUCAAAAAUGCUGCCAGAAAGCAAAUUGGAACUACACAUAUAUUCCAUUGUCUUGUUGUUUUGUCUCCAGCACUCUUACUGUUCUGAACUGUCAAUAAAUGGAGACUCCACAUCACAGAUUGUCAUACUUCUAUCUCAAAUUAGAGUGAAUUCUAUGGCAAUUGUUCGUAUGAAAUCCAGUGAUUUUUAUGACCAGCAAGAUUGGCUUCAAAAGUUCUCCUCUGGUGAGCAGAGGCAGCUAGUAGUUUUGUGUCUUGCCCAGGUCAGAGUAGGUCAGGCUAUUUAUAAAGCUGCCAGUUUGUUCAACCAUUCCUGCCAGCCAAACAUUCAUGCAUAUUUUAUUUCACGCUCUCUCUUGAUAAGAGCAACAGAGUUUGUGGCUGGAGGGUGUCCCCUGGAAUUGUCUUAUGGUCCACAGGUGUGGCAAUGGACCUGUAAAGACCGCCUUAGAUUCUUGAAGGAAGGGUACUUUUUUCAUGCGUGCCGUGGUUGCUUCAGAAGUGAAUGCAUCUGUAUCUUGUUAAUUAGUGGAUUUUGUUGUGUUAUCCAAAUUGUUCUUGGAGUGGUUUUAGAUAAUCUCGUGGCUAACUGUGAAAAGCAGAAACUAAAAUUCCAGAAAACAAUCAGCAUUGAUUCUCAUUUGCAGUAUAUCUCCAUGGUACUCGACCUCAAUGAUUUUGACAUCAAGGAAGUGGCUCACAUUUCACUUGAUGAAACACGUAAUUGCCUCCGUAUUGAUUCUGGGUAUUGCUUUGAAGUGGGGUCCUACUGCAAUUGGCAAUCUAGAAGUGAAAGCAGUUUAAAAAGGGCUUGGUUCAUCUCAGAAAGGUUGCAGGACUCGAUAGCUUCAAAAGAUAUCUGCAGUACUAGGCUUUCAGAUGCUUUGAGAUCUCUUGGUCUUCUACGAUCAACACUGCAUGCUUAUAACAACGGCAUUGCAGAAGCAGAGGACAAUCUUGCAAAGGCAUUUUGUUUCACUGGAGAUUUGCAGCCAGCAAGAGAUCAUUGUAAAGCAUCGAUUGAGAUAUUGGAAAAGCUCUAUGGCCCCAAUCACAUUGUGAUUGGACACGAAUUGGUUAAGCUUUCAUCUAUUCACCUAUCGAUGGGUGAUUGUACUGCUGUGGACAACAUAAGUCGACUCAGUGUUAUAUUUUCCAAAUAUUAUGGACCACAUGCAGGCAUUAUAUUUCCUUAUCUACUGUUUCUUGAGAAAGAAAGUUGCCAUAUCAUACACUGAAAAUACCAAAUUUUUUUCUAGUUUGAGAAACUGAUAGUUCAUAGCAUCCCACAAUAUUUUUUCUGGAGUUGUGGGCGCCAUCUUGGCUUGAUGUCAAUUAUGUAUAUGCCUAUAAAUGAGUGGUUUUUCAUUGCAAUGAACAAAGUGCAAGUAUUAAACUCUUAUUACUCAAUAGGGUAGGUCUUGAUAUAUAUAUUUAUCUCUCUUAAUAAAGUAUCUAAAUUAUUUACGACUGCUCAAAAUUCAAUGGCAAAUAUAUAUGGGAAUUAUAAGAUAAAAAUAAUCUACCUUAUAUAAUUUAUUUAUCUCUGUACUUUUUUUUUUCAAUCAUGAAUAUAUGACUAAAUAGAUGUUGAUUUUGGAUCAAAUGUUUGAUUUGAUUUUCAAUUAAGGAUCUAACAUUAUAUUUGUGUCAAAUUAGCCUAAACUUUUGGGAUGGAAGUUGGCUUACAGUGGAUAGCAUGGAUCCAAGCUUUUAUGUAUUGAAAGGAAUGAAUAUUACGCAGCUGCCUUCACUCCAAAGAUUUAGCUGAAGUUGGCAGGAAUUGAAAUUGAGAGCGCUAUCUCAAAGUUUCAUGCAGCAGCAAGGUGGAGGUGUGAUUUGGAGAAUACAAGGUUCAAUUUAUUAGGCUGCUUAUGUUUGGAAUGAAUUGAGACAUAAACGAUACCGGUGAUGAUGGUUUGGUUAUUUAGAUUAAUACACAACAUUACAGGUUUUGAAAAGUCUGGUUAUUUAGAUUAAUGUAUAACAUUCUA